UGGAGCGGAAACAUCACAGCAGAAACUCAGUGCAGUGAUGUCAGUGUUUAAAAUAAACGUUGUCCCGUCAUUCUCAGAUAAAACGUUGAUCCUGUUUCAGACGGCUCCAUUUCUCUAGAGACGUUGCAGAGGCAGCAUGUUAUGAAAGGAAGAUUAUUGGACCAAAGCAGAGCAACACAUGGUUCCAGGUUGAGGUCAGGAUGGGGAACACCUCACCCAGGGUUCUGGUCUCACUCUUGCUGAACACACUGCUCUGCUGUGGACAAACUCUCGAUCCUGUGCUGACUGUUGAACCCAACUGGUCGACUUUUUAUGUUGGAGAGUUUGUUACAUUUAUCUGUGACAUAAAUGAAGGAAGAAACUCUGACUGUCAAUACCGGUUAAUAAGGAAUGGUCAAGAAUUUGUUCGCUAUCAGUCAGAUAAACAUUUCAGAGUUGAUCCUCUGUAUACUGAUUAUAGUGGUGAAUUUCAGUGCUGUCGUCAAUGGAGGGUUUCACCUGACGAAAAUUGCAGUAAAACUGUCACUUUUACUGUCUCAGAUAAACCCAGAGCCAAACUGACAGCAGGUCCAACAACCAUACCAGUAGGGGGCAGUGUGACACUGAGCUGCUCAGUGGAGCCCUCUGCUGGAUGGAAGUACAGAUGGUUCAGGCGGACCUCAGAUUCUUCUUUUGUUGAAUUCAGCAGAAAUAAUGAAGAAAACAGAGAAAUCACUGUGACACAAGGAGGAAUAUAUGAGUGUGAUGGAGAGAGAGGAAAUACAUCAUUCUACAGUCAUCCAAGCCUUGAGAACAUCAUUGAAAUAAUGUUUUCCAACAAGGUUUUUGUGACUCGACAACCAAACGGUUCUCAUAUCAUCAGUGGUGAGUCGAUCACUCUGACAUGUGAGGUCCAGGGAGGAGAAACCACUGAGUGGACGUGUGAAUGGAGGAGAUCUGGGUCAAUAAUACACAAGACAGACAGUAAAGACUGGACUUUCAUUGUCUCUGAGUCCAGCAGUGGAAACUACAUGUGUCAGUGUAGAAGCAGAGAUGACUGGUAUUCUUCAACACAGAGGAGUGAAACCAUCAGACUGUCUGUAUCAACAGAUAAACCUGGAGCCAAACUGGCAGCAGGUUCAACAACCAUACCAGUAGGGGGCAGUGUGACACUGAGCUGCUCAGUGGAGCCCUCUGCUGGAUGGAAGUACAGAUGGUUCAGACGGACCUCAGACUCUUCUUUUGUUGAAUUCAGCAGAAAUAAUGAAGAAAACAGAGAAAUCACUGUGACACAAGGAGGAAUCUAUAAGUGUGAUGGAGAGAGAGGAAAUCCCUCAUUCUACAGUCAUUCAAGCCUUGAGAAGAUCAUUGAAAUAAUGUUUUCCAACAAGGUUUUUGUGACUCGACAACCAAACUGGCCUCAGAUGUUCAGUGGUGAGUCGAUCACUCUGACAUGUGAGGUCCAGGGAGGAGAAACCACUGAGUGGACGUGUGGAUGGAGGAGAUCUGGGUCAAUAAUACACAAGACAGACAGUAAAGACUGGACUUUCAUUGUCUCUGAGUCCAGCAGUGGAAACUACAUGUGUCAGUGUAGAAUCAGAGAUGACUGGUAUUCUUCAACACAGUGGAGUGAAACCAUCAGACUGUCUGUAUCAACUAAACCUGGAGCCAAACUGGCAGCAGGUUCAACAACCAUACCAGUAGGGGGCAGUGUGACACUGAGCUGCUCAGUGGAGCCCUCUGCUGGAUGGAAGUACAGAUGGUUCAGGCGGACCUCAGACACUUCUUUUGUUGAAUUCAGCAGAAAUAAUGAAGAAAACAGAGAAAUCACUGUGACACAAGGAGGAAUCUAUAAGUGUGAUGGAGAGAGAGGAAAUCCCUCAUUCUACAGUCAUUCAAGCCAUGAGAACAACAUUGAAAUGAUCUUAACUGUAUCCAGUCCUGUCAUCUCUUCAUUUCCUGUGAUGUUGAUCGUUGGACCAGUUAGUGGAAUCGUUCUCAUUGUCCUCCUGCUCUUGUUGUGGCGCUGCAGACGGUCCAAAGAUUUGUGCUGCAUCAGGUUAUUUCAGUCUGAAAGCAGCAGCCAGAGGCCGACCACUAAUCAUGGAGUGAACCAGACUGAAAGUGAUUACAGCUUUCUGCUGCAUGGCACCACGUCUGUGUAUGAGACAAUCCAUAACCGUGGAGCCACUGGAAACGAGAGACCUCCUGAUCCAGAAGAAGGUUCUGUUUACGUUAAUGUGAGACCAGAUAAUUACAGCUCAGCAUGAAGGUCAGAUAAACACCUGAUUGAUUAGAUUGUUACUGAUCAUUUU